AUGAAGACUGCAAGACCUACCCCGACCGGAUCUGCGGCGGCAGAAACACCGUCGGGUCGCCGCCAGCCAGUCCGACAAACGCGUACGCAUGGCUCUAGGAACACAGGCGGUGCCGCCCGAGCGGCUGGUCAGAGAGACAGUGGCGCCAGUACCGGUCUUGGUCGCGAACAGCCUGCCGAAAUAUUUCCCGGAAUUACGCAUUUUGCCGACACCAUCACGGCCCUGCCUAAGGAGCUUGUCCGGCACUUUACCCUGCUCAAGGAGGUCGAUGCUAAAAUCCACGCGCCUCAGCAAGCACUUUUUGCUGCCGCCGAGAGAACAUUGAAUGCACCUCCAUAUGACAGAUUGCAGCCACACGUUGGGUACACUGGCGAUUUUGCCUCUGACUCGACUGCACCUAAUGGCGCCGCACCGGGUACACCACAAGCAGUCGCGACCCCGUCCGGCCACGGCCUAGCGAACUCGGCUCAAUCCGACACGGAUAGUUUCGAACGGCGAAAAUUAUGGCGCGAGACUGGCCUAAAGAUACAAGAGAUGCUCUUAUCAUUGGACGAGAAGAAUCACGUCAUUUCUACCGCGGUCGACGCCUUGAACAAACAGCUCAGCAGGAUUGACAGUGUUUGGCCGCAUCUCAUGGAAGAGUUCAGUGACGAGGCAAAGUGGGGAAGCAGUACACAUUGGGCAUAUCCCGAGAACAAGGCAGACAAGGCUGGUCGUGCUUUGAAUAAUGCCCAGGCUGAAAGAUCCCGCCGCGAGGGUGCUGCCAGCCUUUCGGCCGCAGCCCAACAAAUUGCAGAGGAGGCUGCUGCCAGAAGCGAUGCUCGGAAACAAGCCGUGGCAGCCAAGAAGGAGAAGAGCAAUAGAGUUCAGGCAGCCCAUGAUUCAGACGCGGAAGAUCAGGACCCCAAAUCAAGACCGGAGUCGACUAGGAAGCCUGCCACGAGCAGCAAAAGCAGAAAACCGGCGGCGGCGGCGGCGGCGGCAGUGACGGAGUCUCCAACACCAGUUGGCUUGGGCAUUGCGAACGCUUCGCCUGCAGUCAAUAACUCGGCCUCCAAGCGGCGCAAGGUUGAGAAGCCAAACAACACCAAUGGCGGGGCGCCGAUGGAGCGUGCAAUGAGUAGCGUAUACGGAAAUACCACGGCAAAGCCGAAGACAACUAGUCCUCGUGAGACGCCUGCGCCGGAAGGACCUACCACCAAGAAGCGCAAGGCGCUGCCAACAGCGGGCAAUCAGUCCAAGAAAAGGUUCGGUUAUCCACAUGCCACCAAGACUUUACCCAGCAGAGUUUUAAUACUGACGAGCAUGAGCCGCAGCAGAAAUGGCGUCGGCAACUCUCCCUCGGUUGCCUCCUCUCCUGUUAUCAGUAACUUUCCAGAGCCAGUUGUGAAAGCAGCACGCAACUCGCCAGUUCCUAUCCCAACUCCCAUCACUCGAGCACCAACCACAUCACGCGCAAAAGUUGUACCACAAACCAAUAGUGAAAACGGGCGUCAAAGACCCCCUUCGUCGGCCUCGAACAAGCCUAACGGGAUUACAACCACGCCCAUCGAACCUCCAGUACACACAAAUGGGGUCCGAGUCUCAACCGAACCAAAGCCAGUUCGUGAGACCCCAGUGGUGGCACCAAUCCCUAAAGUAGAAAGCCAGAAGCCGGAUGUUGUCGUUGAGUCGACAACCGCAAUUCCACCGCCGAUAAUACCACCGCAGCAACCAAAGAAGGAACCUGCAAUCAAACCCAACGAUACUUCGCGUCAGGGAUCUAAGGAAACGACGCCCUCGGCACACGGAGCGAAUACGACACCAGCUGCCCCCACGGUGACUACAAAGAGUGGGCGCGCGAGUAAACCAUCCACGCCUGCUUUGGGUAACUUUCCAGACAACGUGCGUGCUCGGCCGUCACGGACUUCGGGGGCGGCAAACGCGACAACCAAGCGGAGCCACAAGAAAGGUGCAGCAGCUGCGGCCAAGGCAAAUGUGGCAGCUCAAGCUUCCACAAAAGUGGGCGGUGACAUGACCGCGGGCUCCAAGGAAGACGAUGAUGAUGAUGACGAGGUUGAGAUCACAUAUUGCUAUUGUGAUCAGCCCAGCUACGGUGAAAUGAUAGCAUGCGACAACAGAGAUUGCGCGUAUGAGUGGUUUCAUCUUCCUUGCGUGGGUCUCAAGGCCGCGCCCAAGGGUAGUGUGAAAUGGUAUUGCAAAUACUGCAAGAGGAAUAUGGGAAUUCCGGAUGAUGAACAUGUUGGUGUCUAGGCUUCGAUAUGGAAGGAGAGCGUACUCAUAAGCCUACAUCUGAUCCAGCUCGUGCUCUAUACUAUCCUUCUUGUAUAAUGGUUUCGUCGUCCAGUUUGGGUUGUGUUGGGGGCCAGGGGUCAGUUGGCGUGGCGUUCGCCCGUGUAAGAUAUAGCACAGCAUGACCAGAGCUGUCCAACCUAAUCCUGGACGCUGUGUUUUAUACAAAUGAUAUAAUGGUCAUGGAUCACUGGCAUACAGUCUCGGUCUCAUUCCUUGCAAUGCCUUGAUAAGUCAUCAAACUGCCUUCGUGGAAAGAGGCUCGGCAAGAUGUUUCAUGGAGUGGGUGAGUAUCAUCCAAGAAACGAAGGAGCAUGACAUUUUGGUUCGUGCUUUUGGACAGAAAAGUCUUAGUAGCUUUGCAGAAAAAGUCCC